AUGAGUUGCACCAAUGAUGCUAAAUGGUGCCUCCCUGGCUCCAUAAUUGUCACAGCAACAAAUUUUUGCCCACCAAAACCUUCACUGCCUAAUAACAAUGGCAGAGUGCACCGCACAAAGAAGGGAGGAAUAAGGUUUACAAUAAAUGGGCACUCCUACUUCAACCUAGUAUUGAUCACCAACGUCGGUGCUGCUGGGGAUGUCCAUUCUGUAUCAAUCAAAGGAUCAAGAACUGAAUGGCAACAAAUCUACAACUUUGACGAGCUGGCACUUACUGGUAACUUUCUGUUCUCUUCAUGUGGCAUUAUGAUUGAAAUUCUUCGAUCACAAACCAAUAGAAUCACAAACUGUAAUUGGAUUUGGUAUUCUGAAUGGGAUUUCAAUUGGAUUAUUGAACCUCAGCUUGGUUUCAAUUCUGUUGGUUUCUAUCGGAUGACAAAGCUGGCAAUCAUCCCAUGCACAGUACUGUUGGAAACUCUUUUCCUAAGCAAGAAUUUCAGUCAAAGCGUUAAGCUUUCUCUGAUGGUCCUGCUUCUAGUUGUUGGCAUUGCAACUGUUACUGACCUACAGCUCAACAUUCUGGGUUCUGUUCUUUCUCUUCUUGCAGUUUUCAUCACUUGUAUUGCUCAAAUUGUGUCCAUUAUAAAUUGUUCUUUUCCUUCACCGGUUGCGCAACCUACCAGCUCUUAA